UAAAGGGUUUGUAAACAGACACGAGGUUCUUAAUAGUUUUGGAAUCCUUCGAGCACCACACAUUCACAGACCAACGAACCUGAUGUUGGAUUUACUGCAUCCAACGUCUCAAAUUUUCAUGCCCUUGGAAAUUGAGUAGAAGAAAAAGGUUUCAAUAAAUAUGUAAAAGAUAUAAGACAUUUCACCCACGAUUGUGAGGUUAUAUUGUUCUAGUUGCCCAAUCGGUACUUUCACGAAUUUGUGGACAUAAUAAUGGUAGAGUAAAUUGCCAUAAUACGUUCUACAAGUCCGAAACGAACCCCCGUUGGAUGCAGAAGAUCCAACAUCAUGGUCAACAGAACACUUUGACGCCCAAGCUGUUUCUGUUAAUAUUUCGCCGUGGGCCAAAGAUUUUUUUCUUCUUGAAGGUAUACCCUGAUAGCACGUAUUUAUUUAACCACCCAAAUCUGUAGACCUAACUUGCUCAGAUUUUUAUUUGUGGCGCCGAAUAAAAGAUUCCGUUUACAACAAUAGAGAUACAUGAGAUGAUAUGACAGAAAUUGAAACUGCUAUUCUAUAUACCCGUCAGCGACUGAUUACAUGUAUCAGAAUGGUCCCAGAAGUACCUGGCCUGACCUAGAGAUCGCGGUAGUUGCUCGAACAAUAUAUGUUUCAAGUUUGAAGACGUCAUCUUGUUUGGUAUUUGUUCGACAGCUAUGGAUAGUGAACGUUUUCAGUAAAUUUGUAAAUACGGAAAAUAUUAGUCGUCGUUAUGUUUUAUUUGAAAGACGUUAGCCCAUCUAGGUACUUCUGAGACCAUCUUCUCAUCUAAAUUGUUAAUAGUUAGAUACGUUACAUGGUUUAUACACGCUUGAGCUGAAACUGUAAUAUCCAUACCUGAGAUAUGACUGACGGCCGUUUUUAGACGCUCACCCGGUACAUUAUUUCCCUAAAAUAUCUGUUUCCAUGAAAACAUCUAUAUUGAUCAAAUAAGAAUACCCAGAAUGAUGAAUAUUAUGUCAUUUAUGAUACUCAAUUGUCAGAUGUUAAGUUAAUAACAUCAAAAAGAAAUAUUAAAAAAAAAUAUGACCGAUUCCGAUAAGGAGAAAGUAGUACCAGAAGAAGAAAAAGAAGAAGUCGUUACAAAUUUGGAAGAUACGCAAACUGCAAACGAAACUGAUGAAGUUUCAAACGAACAAACGAAUAAUAAAGACGAAGAAAAGCGCGAAAACGAAGAUUCUGGAGACAAAAACGACGAAAACGAAGAAAAACCAGUACAUAUAGACGAUGAAACAGUAACGGGUGGCGCAGAAGAUCAGCAAAAAGAGGAUCUUACAACGGAAGAUAAGAAAGAGAUAGCAGAAGACCAAAGUCCAAGUGAACAAGAAGCUAAAACAGACGCAGAAGUCGAAAAAGAAAACAUAGAACAAAGUCCAGUAGAACAAGAAAUCGAGACAGACACAGAAGCGAACAAAGAAGACUUAGAGCAAAGUCCAGUAGAACAAGAAAUCGAGACAGACGCAGAAGUAAACAAAGAAGACUUAGAGCAAAGUCCAGUAGAACAAGAAAUCGAGACAGACGCAGAAGUAAACAAAGAAGACUUAGAACAAAGUACACUAGAACAAGAAGCGGAGAUAGACAAAGAAAACAUAGAGCAAAGUCCAGUAGAACAAGAAACCGAAAAAGAUGCAGAAGUAGACAGAGAAAACAUAACCGAGGAAGCAGAAAAAGAAAUUCUAACGAAAGAUAUAAGAGAGGAUGUAGAUGAAAUUGAGGAAUUAGAAGAGAUCGAAGAAACAAAAGAAGACGAAACGAUAACAGAUAGUGCAAGUAAAGAAAACGUGGUUGAAGAAAUUACAAUAGAAACGAAAAGAUUUAGCAGAGCUGCUAGAAAAUCCAUCUUAACCGAAAUAUCCGUAACGGAUUCUAUAGAAGAAGAGGAAGUUAGCGACGAAGAAAACGUCGAGGAAGAAGAAGAAAUAGAAGAAGAAGAAGAGCCUGAAUACUACGAUCCUGAUGAUUUUCUUUCUGGCCCUACAAUAUGCGAAGGGGGUAGUUUACCUCUGAAUAUAAUUCAAUUCUAUCAUUCAUUCGGUUACAAUUGCAGAAAGAGAUUUAAUCUUGAAGUUCUCGAUGACGAUACAGUUGUUUUUGCAUCGGGCAACUUUUUGCAUUUUUUCAAUCUACAAACACGAGAAAUUUGGUUCAGAAGAAGUGCUUUGGGUCAAGGUAUAGGUCAUAUCAAGAAAAAUCCCAAUAAAGAAUAUCCUCAUUUCGCCGUUGCCGAAUGCGGUCAAAAGCCAAUCAUAAUAUUAUAUAAUUGGCCGGAAAUGACGAUAUUAUGUGUAUUGAAAGGAGGCGCUAAAAGAUUAUACUCCCAUAUGGAUUACAGCCCCGAUGGAGAAUUUCUUGUUUCACAAAGCGGGGAACCGGAUUAUAUAAUAACAGUAUGGAAUUGGCACGAACAUAAAAUUUUAUUGAGGAAUAAGUCUUAUGUUAAUGAUGUUUAUCAAAUUAAAUUCUCGCCCUAUAUACCAGGACAAAUAACGACAUGCGGUGUUGCUCAUAUAAAAUUUUGGAAAAUGGCUCGUACGUUUACUGGUUUGAAAUUGCAAGGUGAAGUAGGUAGAUUUGGUAAAACUGAAUAUUCCGAUAUAAUAGGCAUAUUACCAAUGCCAGACGAAAAGGUUGUAUCGGGAUGCGAUUGGGGAAAUAUCCUCAUUUGGGACGGAGGUUUGAUAUCUUUAGAAGUAUACAGGACGUUGCGAAAACGUUGUCACGACGGUCCGAUAGUGCAAAUUUUUUACGAAGAAGGUGAAUUGUGGACCGUUUCCCUAGACGGUCACGUCAGAAUUUGGUGGUACGAGAAAAUAGAUCAAGCGGAUCCGCCAGAUAGCGAUAGGGUUAUCCUUUUGGAUCCUUCUUACGAUUUUUACACUGAAGGGAUGUCUUUGUAUCAAGUUAUCAAGAGAAGAGAGGAAGGGAGUAUGUUUAUUGCACAGGACGGUAAUGGUGGAAUUUGGCAAAUCGAUUUGAAUACCUUGACUGAACCGGAGCCUUCGACUCAGUUUUAUAAAUGCCAUGCGGGUAAAGUGGUGGAUAUCGGUGCUUAUAGCUACGGACCUUAUUUGGCUAGUUUGGGAAAAGACGGAAGAAUUUACGUGUACAAUUAUUUAGAUAAAAAAAUGGUGUUUCAUUAUGAAUUUCCGGCAAAAGGUGCUCGAAUGAUUUGGCCGACAACCGAUCAAAUUUCCUCGGGGGAUGUAAUUUUAGCUGGUUUUUGCGAUGGGCAAAUAAGGGUUUGCGUGUUGAAUUUGAAGAACGAAAAAAACAUUACACUUACAGUUACCCAGGUUAUAAAACCGCACAAUAAACCGAUUACUAGUCUAGUAAUGAAUUCAAAAUCGAAUGUGGUAGUUAGCGGAGGCGAAGACAUGACUAUAUUCGUAUUUUCCGUAAACACCAUAAACGAAAUGUCAAAUUUUUUGGUACCCAUCGGGUUCGUACCGACUCCCGAUUCGGUAACUUAUCUCACGUGGAAACCUCAGACGGAUUACGUGAUAUUAGUCGGUUGUUUACACGGUCAAUUAAUGGAAGUGGAAGUGCCUCACCAACCCCAAGAUUAUACCGAAGUUUCUUUCUUACUCAAAACGCAACCGAAAUUCAAAAAUUUCCAAUCGUACAAAUCCCAGAUAAGAAGAAAUAUUCAUUUGAAGAAAGUGGCCAAGAAGAAAGCCAAGAAAGUCGAAUUGAAGAAGGUAGAGAUGCAAAGGAUACUUAAGGAGAAUCCGGGAUUGGAAAUUGACGAAGAAGUAUUUUUAGCCGAUUCCGAACCAGAAGAAGAACUCGAACCGUUGUAUUUCCCCGAAGAAAGAAGUCGAAUUUUAUGGAUGCGGUAUACGCCGGAAAAAACCAUCUGGUUAUCGAUGUCGGGAUAUGAUGCCGGUUACAUUUACGAAUACAAAAUGGAUCAAUCGGACAAUAUACCAUUUAGAUACAAAAUGGUGUACGAGGCCGAUGACGUCGAAAUCAGUUCCUACGUUUACGACGAACAAAGGAAGUAUCUCAUUUUCGCUAUGCAAGACGGAAGUAUACGUAUAAAUAGAGUGAAUCCGAGAAAUUUUCGAGAUCUCAAAGAUUAUUAUACGUAUUCGUUACACGAUAACCAAUACGGUUUCAUACCGAGGAUGUGUUUUAGUUGGGACGAAAAAUUUUUCUUUACGUGCGGUCACGACGGCAAUGUUUUCGUAAUGCAGUUCAAUCACGAACAUUACAUGCCUCCUUUGGUGCUUAAACCGUUGAUGAGGAUGGCCCCCAUUAUCCCUACAAAGGAUCUAGAUCCUUACGUAAAAUUGAGUCUAGAAGAUACGAAAAUACACGCCGAAGACGAAAGGAUUAUGAAAGCUGCUAACGAACAUAAAGCGCACGUAAGAGAAACGCUUAAAGGACUGAAAGAACGUUACGCUAAAAUAUUAGCACGAAACCACAAGCUUUUACCGAGUCAACACAUUCCCAGGGAAAAAUUGGAACUCGACGAACGUGUAUUGAAUUACAUAGAAGACGAUUUUCAGAGUAAACUAGAUUUGAUACAUCGAAAAUUUGCGUACGACUUCGAAAAAUCUAAAUUACAAAUGAAAAAACUCUUGAAAUAUUUCACCGACCCGUGCGAUAUGCAUCCGGUUAAAAUUUAUGGUAUAAAUUCCCCUUCGACUUAUUUAUUGACCAUUAGACAGAGAAUUAUGUCUUCGAUGUUUCCUAUAGUCAUGAAGAUGUGCGAAGAUAGAAUUGAAGAAGAGAAGAACAAAGAAAAGGACAACAACCGUAUAAUCAGAGUACCCGAAAGAACUCAACCUGUAGUAAAAUUUCAAGCUCAAAAACAAACGAAAUCCAUGGCAUUAGAAUAUUUUCUAUUGAGUUUAACGUCAUCUCAAAUCGAACAAAAACUGGGGCCUAAACUUACUAGACUACUACAUAAAUACCGACAACGAAGAAAUAAAUGGGAUCAACGCGCUCAACAGUGGGAAGAAUUUAAUGCAAAAAAACCGGAUCCGGCUAAAAAUCAUCCGGAUGAUGAAAAAUUCUUACAAGAAGCAAUGCAGAAUAUAGGAGACUAUAAACUGAAAGAGGCUGAUAAUUAUAAGCCGUUACCAGAAGAAAGAGAAACUACUAUAAAGAAAUAUAAGCAAGUACUCGAUACUAGAUUGAAACAAUACAACAUAAGACAUAAAUUUAUAAAAAGAGUUUACGAUUUACGAGACCUGAAAUAUAAAACAAUAGAACAAUUAAAAGUGUAUAGGGAAGAAUUGCUAGACAUACAUCUCGAACUACCACAUAACCUCCACCGUUUCGGUCCGGAUAUACCCGAAAAAAAUCCCGACGAAUUUCCCGAAGAGAAAUUAACACCGCAAAUUAUUAUCGAAGAAACUGAAGAAUCGAUUACUACUACUAAUACAAUCGAUUACGUACCCCAACCUACAGUGGGAGCUAGAGAACGUUAUAUACUACCCAACAGAAAUAUUUAUCCAAAAAUGAAUAAUAACAUUUUCGUACCGUCCCAUCCCUUAUCCGAUAUCGAAUAUGUAAUUACAGCUGAUUUCAACGAAUUACUUAAUAAUUAUCCCGUCGACGUUGACACUCCUUUCGAGUCCGAAUUGAGAGCAAAAAGACUCACAAGAGUACUUUUUAAUCAAUCACUCAUAAUUUCCAAAAUGAAUAAAGCAAUCGCGGAUUUCAAUUACGAAAUCGAAGAAGGUAAAAAAGCGCGUUUGCCGGUUCACCCUCAAGGUAAUUUCGUCGAUAUCUUCAUUCUAACGUUGAAUCAAGAAUUGAAUAUUUUAAAAAAAUUCGAAGACGGUGAAGAUUAUCUUCAAAAUAAGGUUAACAAAUGUUUAUUGCACGUUCAUAACAUGGAGGAUGAAAUCGAUGAGGAAAAAAGUAAAAAAAUCGAUAUCGAAAACGAAAUCGAUUUGAAUCAUCAGGAAGAACAGAAAAUACAAGAAAAAUUUAAACACGUCACCGAGACUAGUAAAUAUUAUGAUUUUCUGAGGAAAGUUUUUCGUAAAAAAUAUAGACCGCCAAAGCAAACAACCGAUUCUGAUAGCGAUUCAGAAUCGUCGUCGUCGAGUUCGGAAGAAUCCGAAGAUGACGACGGCGCCAGUAUAGAUUCGCGCGAUUUUGGUUUCAUUAAACAAGAUUUGAACGUCUGCCCGAAAGGAUGCGAGCAGGCCAUAUUCAAUUUGACCGUAGAAUUGAGAGGGAAACGACACGUAAUCGAACAAAAUAUCAAAGAAUUACAAAGAGUUAUUGAAACUAUUAAUAAAAAUGUCGAAUUGAGUAAUAGGAAAAUGAGAAUUCUUCAAAAUCAAUAUAAACAGAGCGUUGAUGAAUUAGAGGCUUAUCAGAGGGAGAAGCAAAGAUUAUUGAAUCAAGUGAGGUGUACGGUCGUUUUGAAUUUGGACCAAAUCCAUGAUUAUAAUCCGGAAACUGACGAAAUUUCGGAUUAUUUAGUAUUUUCGAAAUCUACGCUGUCGGAUCUAUAUAAAAGAGUUGGAGGCUUGGAAGCAGAAAAUUUGGAUCAAAAAGCGAAAUACGAAACUUAUUUGAAACAUCUAACGAGAAUGAAAAAAGAUCUGAGAUAUAUGAGGCUGAAGAUCAAAAAUCUCUUACAAACAAUACAACAAAUGAUGUGUGAAAAAUUCGGAAAAAUAGUCGAUAUAAAUGAAUUAGAACUAGCCAUAAUAAGAAAAACUUUUAAUAAAUCUCACAUAAAUGAAUUAGAAGAAGUCGUUUUGAAAAAACUCGUAUUCGACGUUCGUUUAAAAAAUACUAACAUCAAAGAAAUAUACGCGGAGCAGCUUCGAGAAAUGACGUUGAAAAUUCGAAGCCGUCAAGAAGAUUUGAUGAGAGAAAUUAAGGAAAAUACGAAUCGGUUGGAAUUGUUGCAAAUAAUGAACAAGGAAAAAAAAGAUCUCGUGAAAUUGAUUGCGUCGCAGCCAUUGCGUCGAAUGAGACUCGAAAAAACGAUGCAAACUUCAUCGGAAUACGACAAAGAUAUCAAAAAAUUACAAGCGAUUGUCGAUAAUCAAAACAGAACUAUAUUUGAACUCAAAGCUGAUAUUAAAAUGUUAAAAACUAAAGGUAUGCCUCCUAAAGAACAAUAUAUAGAACCACAAAUCCUCGAAGAUGUCGAAAAAUCCGUGGAAUCCAUUAAGGAAUGGCCAGAAAUUGAAAAAUAUCUGGAAACCACUCAAGAAGAUGAAGAAGGAGAAGAGGAAACAGAAGAAGAAGUCGAAGAAAAACUGUUAGAAGAAGAAGAACAGCCGGGUUUCUUUUUGACUGAAAGUGAAGAUAUCGUUAAUCAUCUUCUAAACGAAAUUUUGAGAACGAUGAAAAUGAGAUCAAGGUCCGCUAUAGACGCAGAAUUAAUUUCGAAAAAUAUUUUAAGUCAUAUACUCAAUUGCACUUCUGUUCAGGAUAUAAUAAAAGAAAUUAUUAACAGCAUACCGUUCGAAUUGUCUCCGAAACAAAGAAGUCUCGUCGAAACGUCCGCGGAAAAAUUGUAUUUGAUUCAAGAACCUGACAUGAGUGAAGAUAGCAUAAUAAAAUACGCUAACGAACUGUUGGAAGAUACUAUAGAUGAAGUACUUCAAAAGGAGAACGAACCCUACGACGUCGUAGGCGAACUUCUCGAAAGAUUGAUAGAAUCGAUACCGAAAGAAUUCUUGUUUCACGAAUCCUCCGUCGAAUCGAUUGUCGAUAAAAUCGGGGGGUACAUAAACGGUCAUGAACUCGACAAAGAACGACUGACGAACAAAAUCGAAAGUUUAACGAGCGUACACAAAAACGAAAUACUCGCUAUACUAGACGCGAUUCUUAAGAAAGUUUACGGUACUGGAAUUGACUAUAUGUAUGUCAUUAAGAAUAAGUAAUUUGUUUUAUUUAUAUAAUAUUAAAUACUUUUUCAAUUA